AUGCCCGCCACAGUCACCAACGUUCGCAUGCCCGACAGCAAUCGGGUUCCUGUCUCGCUGACUCUUCGAACACACGCCAUUUGGAGAGACACAGUUGGGCACGAUCCGUACGCCCCACAAGGCUCAGAAAACACAGCCGCUGCAGAUGCGUCCCUGCGAGACAAGGCGCAAGAACUGCUGGUCCUUGCUCGUCUCACAGGAUCCGUCGCAUCUCGCACGCCUGGCGCAUGCGCGAAAUGCAAACAAGUCGGACACCUAGCCUACCAGUGCCGCAAUAUGCUGACCGGCUCGACAGACGCACCUGACGAUGCACAGCUGGCCUUUCGCCGCGUUCAGGAAAGAGACGAGGAGGAAGACGACAAGAGAGCUCGAGAGGCACUCGGCAUAGCGACGGACUCGGAGGAGAGCGACAACGACUUUCUGCGGCGGAAACGCAUGCGCACAACCACGCCGAGCGGCGCGGGCGUCUCGCGUUCGGCGGAGAAGAAGAAAAAGUCGCGGAAAGUCUCCUCUUCGUCAAGCAGCGACAGCGGCUCCGAUAGCAGCAGCUCGGACAGUGAGAGUGAGAGAGAGAGGAAAAAGCGCAAGCGCAAGGCGAAGAAGCAGAAAAAACGUGACCGGAAGUCGAAGAGCAAGAAGAGAAAGACGCGGGGAUGA